AUGCAGUUAAUAAUCGAAAGUGACAUUCCGGUGAGUCGACUUGGCAUAAAAAAAAGUCAUUCGCGGGCACGUAAAGAAGUGUAUGGGAAAAUAUCUGUAAAUGAAUAAAAACAAUAGAUAUAUAUUUAUGCAGAUAUAAAAUACAGGGAUAAAGAACAUUACGUUAGCAAAGAAUGUAUAAAAUGAAAUGGUAAUUUCCUCUGGAUUAUGGAGUGUAUUUAUAUAACCUCUUAGUGAUAAAGUUUAAUCACAUUGAUGCAAGUAUCACGUACCAUGAUAUUAAUGAAAACCAUUGAUAAAAGUUUUACAAAACUUGCGACGAUGGACCUUCAGAGUAUUGCACGACGUGUGAAAUACAACAUUACGUGUAUCGUGUACUAGGUUUGGCUAAAGUCAGGCAGCUACUCCUAGUUCCUAGGAUUUAGUAAAUUCGACAAGACCUGAAAAUGGGAUCCGAACAAAGCUCGCAAAGCGGUGGUCAAAGUGCCAAUAGUGGAAGAACGAGAACCAGUCAGCUUAGACGGGGCAAAAGCGUUCCGAGUCGCGAGAGGAUACCGGAAGAUACCCCACCAAGGUGCACGAGCCCUGGCGCUAGCAUUUGUUCCGAUUCAGACCUCCCGUACAUCUCUUACACGGUGAAUCGACCCAUUGGAGAUUCACCAAAGAUGACCAACAAGCAGUCACAGUUGUACAGAGGAAAGAGCAUCGGAGCAGGAGAGAUCUCGAGACGGAAAAAUAGCUUAGGUGCCACGAGUCACGAUCACAGAAGAGCCAAUGCAUCGGACAACAAGACACACAGUAUCGUAGUGGUAAAACCGGCUCAGGCAGAUCCUACCGCGGACAAAGAUCCGGACCUAGUGAAACUGCAAAGUAUCCCCAUGUUUCUGCCGAUUAUGCGCGGUACUCUGAACCUGCCGCCGGGAGUACGCGACCCGGAAGUCCUGGAGAGGCUUGAUCCUGUCGGCCUGUUUAAUCUGUGCGCGCGCUAUCAACAUCAUCUGAACACGAAUGCACAAACGAUAGCCGCGGAACAGGCUGCUCUGUGCACCAGCAUGGAAACGGAACUCGGCAAGGCACUGAAUCUCGCUGUAGACCGGCAGAAAAAGUUUGCCAGAUUCGCCGAGCAAUUGAACAAGGUGCACGAGCUCAGUCGUCAGCUCACCAGGUGCCAUUCGCUGCUCAAUCAAACCCUAAAGAGUCUCGAGAUGCUCAACAACCUGCUACCGGUAGAAGAGAGACUCGAGCCCUUUGUCUGGACCACCGGUUAAAUCGCGUUUGAUCGAUUCUAGUCUUAAGGAAAACCUCAAUUUGCUGACGCUUGCGUUACGUUAUAGAGAAACUGCGAAAAACUUUGGCAGGCAUGCCGAGUAAGCUUCAUCAUUACGAAUUAUAACAUCCAAUCCCACUAUGCAACGGAUAAAAUAAAUGACGAACCAAAUUAGAGAAAUGCAAAUGUGUAUACAUAUAUGUAAAUAUAUAUACUUUAUUGAAACAC